AUGUAUUUCCGUGAUAUUCUCACCCCGGUAUUGUUCGCGGCUCUUGCCAACGGAUAUGCGAAUCCUGGCGCUUGCUCGGGGGCCUGUAACAUUCACGACCCAACUGUUAUCCAGCGCGCCUCCGACAAGAAAUACUUCCGAUUCUCCACCGGUAACAAGAUUUCGUAUGCAAGCGCUUCCUCUAUCAAUGGUCCUUGGACCAACAUCGGCUCUAUGUUGCCCAGUGGAUCUUCAAUCGACCUUGCCGGAAAUGACGAUCUUUGGGCCCCCGAUGUGCAACUCGUAAAUGGCCUCUAUCACGUAUACUACUCCGUCUCGACAUUCGGCUCGCAGAAUUCUGCCAUUGGACUGGCCACAUCUCCGACCAUGGAGUCCGGCACUUGGACUGAUCGUGGAAGCACGGGUAUCGCUUCCUCGUCUUCCAAGGCCUACAAUGCGAUUGACGCCAAUCUGUUCAACGACGGGGGCACUUAUUACAUGAAUUUCGGCUCCUUCUGGCACGAUCUGUACCAGGCUCCCAUGAACUCGGCUGCGACAAAGGUUUCUUCCUCCUCUUACAAUGUUGCUUAUGAUCCUUCUGGAACACAUGCCGUUGAGGGAGCGUACUUGUACAAGUAUGGAAGCUACUACUACCUCUUCUACUCCUCUGGUACCUGCUGCGGCUACGAUACUUCGCGCCCAGCUAGUGGAGCGGAGUACAAGAUCAAAGUCUGCCGAUCAACUACGGCAACGGGUGGAUUUGUCGACAAAGCCGGCACCGCUUGCACGAAUGGUGGCGGAACCGUCGUUCUGGAAAGUCACGGCACAGUCUAUGGUCCUGGUGGACAGGGUGUCUUCACCGAUUCUAGCCUCGGCCCCGUACUCUACUAUCACUAUGUUGAUACUACCAUUGGCUAUGGGGAUAGCCAGAAGCUCUUUGGGUGGAACCAAAUCGAUUUCUCCAGCGGAUGGCCCGUUGUGUAA